CUGUAUCGGUGUUGAGUGUGUGAGGAUUCUAACUGCGCUGUUUCUCUCAGUGUCAAGUACCAGCAGUGUCACAUCUCCAUUCUAACUGAAUGGAUUGGCAUGGGGAGAAGCGGACCUUUCAACCCGGCUAAGCUCCAGCUUUUACUCCAGAUUUCUCUCAUUAUGGUGUUUCUGUCCCCGCUGCUCCCACCAGUGUGCUGUCAGUCAUGUCGAAUUCAGCGCUGCAAUGCAGAAUAUGUGGCUUCAUUCCCUCCCUCCGGUGGCCUUCAGGAGGAGGUGGUGUCCAACAUUGACCACUGCGUGGCUCUGAGGGCCUUCUCUCUGUGCACCAGGCGAACCGCUCGUGGAUGCAGAGGGGACCUCGUCUACCACUCGGCUGUCUUUCGUAUCAAGGACCUCUUCGCUCAGUACAACUGUUCCAGUGAUGGCCCGACCUUUUCGGCCAAAACACAAAGCACAUCCAAACCCACAGCAGUGGACACGUGUGACUACGAGAGCCGAGCUCUGGCUUCAAGUUCAACGGACAUGAAGAAAAAGAAAUACGCACACUGUGGACUAUUUGGGGACCCCCACCUGCGUACGUUUAAAGAUGAAUUUCAGACAUGCAGAGUGGAGGGAGCAUGGCCACUCAUUCACAACCGCUACCUCUCCGUCCAGGUCACAAAUGUGCCCGUCAUUGAGGGAUCAAGUGCUACAGCGACCAACAAGAUAACGGUCAUAUUCAAAGCCUAUCGUGAAUGCACUGAGCAGAAAGUGUACCAGGCCACCACAGACGACGUCCCUUCAGCCUUCAUGGAUGGCACACGCAGCGGCGGUCAUGCCGGCAGUCUGCGCAUCACUGAGGGCAGCGGGCAAGGCGGCGCACGACAAGUUACUAUCCACGCCCGCCAUUUGGGCACAUCAAUUAUUGUGCGUCGCGUUGGACGAUACCUAACGUUCGCCAUCCGUAUUCCUGUGGACAUGGUGGAGGACAAUGGUGGCUUACAGCUGUGUCUGCACGGCUGCCCACGCAAUGAACUCAUCAACGCUCACGUGCUUAGCCGGGGGCAACGGCACGACGAGGACGCAAGCCAGGUCGAGCCGGGAGCCCUAGGCCGAGCCGGCCUACUGGAGCGUGCCACCUCCAGGUGCAGGGAGACUCUGCAGGUCGAGGACGUUUACUUUCAGUCGUGUGUGUUUGACGUGCUCACGACCGGAGAUGUGCAGUUCUCCAUGGCAGCAUUCGCAGCGCUGCAGGACCUAAAAGCUCUUCCUCCAAGCACGCUAAAGCAGAGCGCAGCGCGAACUCUACACGCUAACAACAGAGCGAGAGAGACAGAGCCAUCGCUGCUAAUAAUCUCUCUGUUACUGCUGCUCGUCCUGAUCAAGAGACCAGGCUAGUUGGCAUGAAAAGGAACUGAUCUUUUAUGAAGCGCUUUCAUUCUGUUGUUCUCAUAUGCGGAAGAAACACUCGCAUUGCACCAAACACUCACAAACUCCUUUUAAAUCCUUUCCAGAAUGGAAUUACUGUAUAAUAUAGCAUUGUUCUAUUACAGAAGAUAGUGUGGACUGUGAAGACUGAGGGCAGCUAAUUCAGACAUUUUCAUUUAUACACUCCCAGUAGGUGGACAAUGUGCAUACAACAAAACUAUUCAAACAUUUUGGAAAAGGAAGAUAUCUGCAUGACGUCUUUGUGACUGAUACGUGAGGCCCUAAUCAAUCUAACACUUUCACAAUAUAUUUAUAUACUAAGUGAAGGUGGCUAAAAGGUUAAAUACAUUAUGACUGCUGUGUGGUAACAUAAAAAUUGAGAUAUUUAAAGUGUUCAGUAUUAUGUGUUUCUCAACUUGGGAAACAUUUAUUAAAUGUACUAAAAGUGAAAUAGCAUUUUUAAAUUCAUCUAUGCUAGUGUGGAAAAGGCCCACAUGAGCCAAAGCUGUAUUUUAUGUCAUUGUUAUCCCUGAAACCAUUAUUCAGUAUUAAUUCAGUCUAUUCACAUUGAAGAAAUAGAUGUUUACUACUCUGUGCAACCAAAACCAACAGUUAAAACUGUUAAAAGAGUUGAUCAAACGAUCAAUCAGAAGUUCAAUUUAGGUUUAAGCAAUAAGCCAAUUUUAUAUUAAGAGAUCAUAUUAAACAGUGUCGUCAAAAUACAUACAAUAUGUAUUACACUUCUCAGAUUUGCUAAGGUUUUGCAGAAAUAUUGUAUUAAACAUUUAUUAAAAUAAAUCUAGGAAGGUUAAAAGGUUGCAUGUAUCUCAUGGCAGUAUUUUAAGUUGGAAAAAAGCUGUAUUAAUGAUAAAAGUACUGUUUACAAAACCAUUUCUAAGAAAAAGUGAAGACAUUGUGCAUUAAGUGGAUGAAGAGCUCCAGAACCCCAGAAUCAGUGCCGCAGCAUAAAUUGUGACCUGCUUGGCAGUGGAAUAUAAUUACAGCUGAUUAAUAUUUUGAAAGGAUGGUGUAGGGGCUGCCAUUGUCACAUUUAGGCUUUUGGCAUAAAUAGGUACAUUUUGUUAUAUUUUAAAUAAUAAAAAGGACAAACCAGCAAACCAUUCAGCUAUUGAUUCAAUGUAAAAAAAAAAAAAACAUAUCAAAUAAGUUAAAUGAAAGAAAAAACACCUCAACUGGUUAACAUCUGCUCCAAUUUUAUAAUGUAAGGACACCUUUUAUAACCAUGUGGAUUUAGAAAACAAGUACUUUCGUUUGAUCUGUACCAUUUCUAACCAGGCUUUGUGGUGACUGUUCCAUGUGCAGAACACAUGGUGUUCAUGCCCUCAAAAUAACAUGUUAUAGGGUUUGUAAUAAAACAGUUCAGUAGCAGUAAAAUCUAUCACAAAAUGCAGAGGGUUUUGUCUUAAAUAUUUGUUUACCAGAUGGACAACUGAUCACAAGUAAAAUGUUGAAUUGGUAUAAAAAUUUGAGUUUAUCGCAUCGUGAAGUCCAUAUCAAACAGUCCUAAUGCGCGACAGGUCGCUAGGUUGAACUUGGCACUUAAUACGACACAUUUCUGAAAUAAAUUCAUCAACUACACAGGAUCCAACAACUGAACAAAAAUACUACCUAGCCAUAUAUUUCCGUUUCAGCGUUCAUCAUUUCUGUUGAGAAGGUACUGUACAUGCACAGUGAAAACACUCCAUUUUAAGCUGCUCUGCUUCCAGCAUUAUUAUAAGGUUAAGAAACAAGUUCUUAUAGAAUAAUAUAUUUAUGGCGUGUAUAUAUGUCUUGUAUAAUGUGUACAUUCUCCUGUGUAUAGAUUGUAAAUGUAAUGUUUUGCAGUCGUUUGUAUUAAUUUUUUAACCCGUCAGAAGUAACUAAUAUGUAACUCCUGGUUUUUUCCAUAUUAAAAAUAUG